CGAUAUAUACUGUAGUUGGCAGUUGGCAGCGUCACACCCAAGUUAAGUACAAAGCGAGAGUUAAGUAAAUCUGCGCGUCAAAAAGACGUAAAAUAUUUUCUUUUGUGAAGAUUGUACAUUUUUAACAAACAGUAAGCUUGGCAUUCAUGAUGGAAGCACAUGCACGUGCUCCGGAUCCUUUAACAAUAUCUAAUGACAUGGCCAAUAAUUGGCACAGUUGGAAGGAAGAUUUUAUCAUAUUCAUGAAAGUAACUGGAUAUAUUGAUAAACCCAAUGAAAUUCGUGCAAAUCUCUUGAAAAAUCGCAUUGGUAAAAUUGGUAUUGAUGCAAUACAAACUAUGACCUUUGAUAAUCCACAAGAUAAAGAUGACAUGGAUAUAUUGAUUGCAAAACUAGAAGAAUUCUUUAAUCCACCAAAAAAUGAAGUAGUUGAGCGAUAUCAAUUUUUUACACAAGACAAAAAGGAAAAUGAAACCAUUGAACAAUAUAUAAAUAUCUUAAAAGAAAAAGCCAAAGGUUGCAAUUUUAAUGACAUGACAGAUAGUAUCAUACGAGAUAAGAUCAUUCUUGGCACUCAAGACAAAAUACUUCGUAAAAAAUUCUUUGAAACACAGAAUUUAGAUUUGCAGAAACUGGUAGCGAUUUAUAAUGAUUACAAUAUCAAUAUGGAAAAGAUGAAAGAAGUCACUAAAGAAAAUGUAUGUAUGGGCCCCCCACGUACAGAAUCUAUAAGCUUUAUACCAUAUCCAAAGCCCUCGAACCAACCAAAGCCAUCGAACAAUGAUAUAAAAAGAAAAUGUUGGAGAUGCCAUUGUCAACAUCCGCAAGGAAAGUGUCCCGCUUGGGGAUCCAAAUGUACAAAAUGUGGUGAUGUAAAUCACUUUACCCAAUGUUGCAGAGGACCCAAUUUUAAGCCUAAUUUUAAGCCAAAUGAUAAUAAGAUAAAUAAUGUAUUAAAUCCAAUGGGAAAAAAAAAAGUAAAUCUAAUGCAACCAGUUGGUGUUUCAAAGAAUAACAAAAAGAAGAAUCAGGCAGAUUCUAAAGUUAAAGAUAUGGAUGCAACGAAUAAAAUGACUGGUUUUCCAAAUAUUCCAAUAGUAUCUUCUGAUGCUACAAAUUCAACUUUUUGCAACGAUUUUGUAAUGAUAGAUUGGCCAAAUCCAAAUUUAUAUUCCGAUAAUGCCACAAGUCAAUCAUAUUCUUCUGAGAAUACACUAACAGAUCCAAAUCUUUCUCAAAUGUCAGAGGAUGAUCUCCAAGAUUCCUUCAUUUUUUUAUGGUAAACUAUAAUGCCGAAUGCAAUGCUCCAUUACUGUGGAAAAAAAUUAGAUCAAGAUAUGUCCAUUGUCUUUAAUCUCUUAAUUAAAUGUUUCAUGGAUAUAUUUUGCCAUAAGAUAUGCAAUUGAAAGAUUUUUUGUAAAUACUUAACUGUUUUAAAUAUAUUAUUAUACUUUUGAAUAAAACAAUAAUAAAGAAAAAAAAACUGUUAUAACCAAGGGACACUAUUUCAUUGUUUUAUUUAAAAAUGUAUUAUUAUAAAAUCG